AUGAUGCGGUGGUGCUGGACUGGAGCGUACGGCACGAUCGAGAGGCGCCACAUCGUGGCGCGCGCGGCGGCCGAGGCCGAGGCCGCAGCGACCGCGUCCCAGAAGGUGGCCCUCGUCGUCGGCUCCACGGGCGUCGUCGGCGCCGCCCUCCUCGACAUCCUCCCGAGCCUGGACACCCCCGUGGGGCCAUGGAAGGUCUACGCGCUCUCCCGCGGCCCGCUCCCGCCCUGGUCCGCGCCAGCGGGCGCCCCCUCCUCCUCCUAUCCCAACCCCGUCAUCCACCUCCACCUCGACCUCGCCGACCCCGCCGCCGUGGCCCAGGCCCUCAAGCCCCUCACCGACAUCACCCACGUAUUCUACACCGCCUGGUCCGCGUGCCCCGGUGCGACUGAGGACGACGCCCGCGAGGCCAGCUGCGCCAUGCUCCGCAACGUCCUCUCCGUCGUCGUCCCCAGAUGCCCCGCGCUCGUCCACGUCUGCCUCCAGACCGGCCGCAAGGGAUUCGUCGACCCGUUCGAACCCAUGUCGGGAUUCUUUGCCGCCAUUGUGGCGAUGCGCCCGUACCCAGAGGACGUCCCGCACCUCGAGCACUCCGACCUCGAGGACGUCUUCCUCGACGAGGUCGCGCAUUCCUGGCUCAACGGCGCCGCCGGCGCCAUCACCUGGUCGGUGCACCGCCCCGCCACCCUCUUCGGCUUCUCCCCGCGCAGUGAGAGCAACGUCAUCGCCAGCCUCUGCGUCUACGCCGCAAUCUGCUGCAAGGAGGGCGCCGCGCUGCGCUGGCCCGGCUCCCUCGUCGCCUGGGAGGGAUUCAGCGACGCCUCCGACGCGGAGCUCGUCGCCGAGCACGCGCUCUGGGCGGCUCUCGAGCCCAGCGGCAAGAACGAAACGUUCAACUGCACCAACGGGGACAUCUACAAGUGGAAGAACCUGUGGCCGAUGCUGGCAGACCAUUUCGAGAUGGAGUGGUCCGGAUACGAUGGGGAGGACAAGCGCUUCAAGCUCGAGGAGGCCAUGGCCGGGAAGGAGGCUCUGUGGGCGGAGAUCGUCAGGGAGAAAGGGCUCGUGGAGACAGAGCUCAACGACAUAACCUCCUGGUGGUUCGUGGACGCGUUGAUCAACGCCGGCAAGGAACAAAUAGAAAACAUGAACAAGAGCAAGGAGCGUGGAUUCCUCGGCUUCCGGAACACGGUGAGAUCCUUCAAUACGUGGAUCGGGAAGCUGAAGGCUGACAAAAUCGUCCCCUGAUAUGUUCAUUUUUUGGAUGUCAGUGAUACUCCACCUACUUCUCUAUCUGAUUGCCUUGAUCACUAAUCGCGUUAGUCAAAUUUAGUUUCAUAGAAUGCUCUGUAAUGUUUUGGCGCGGUAUAUACAAAUGAGCCUGGGAAGUGCUAACUGAUGGAAGCGUUUAAGUAUGGAAUCAUCAACUGAUCACACUUUCCC